CCUCCACCCCACCCUACUUCCACUGGGAAACAGCAUGAGAAAGGAGAUUGGGCCCUCCUAUCCUGAGCCUGGAUUAGCUAUAGCCAGCUGGAAGGGAGCUCAGGUACCUGGGCAGGCUCCUCCCUGAGACGGACCUUCAGCUUCCUCUUGGGCAUGACCGGAAAGGCCAAGACCCGGGAAAAGGAGAAGAUGAAGGAAGCCAAAGAUGCCCGCUAUACCAAUGGGCACCUCUUCACCACCAUCUCAGUUUCAGGCAUGACCAUGUGCUAUGCCUGCAACAAGAGCAUCACAGCCAAGGAAGCCCUCAUCUGCCCAACCUGCAAUGUGACUAUCCACAACCGCUGUAAAGACACCCUCGCCAACUGUACCAAGGUCAAGCAGAAGCAACAGAAAGCCGCCCUGCUAAAGAACAACACUGCCUUGCAGUCUGUUUCUCUUCGCAGUAAGACAACCACCCGGGAGCGGCCUAGCUCUGCCAUCUACCCAUCUGACAGCUUCCGGCAGUCCCUCCUUGGCUCCCGCCGUGGCCGCUCCUCCUUGUCGUUAGCCAAGAGUGUUUCUACCACCAACAUUGCUGGACAUUUCAAUGAUGAGUCUCCCCUGGGGCUGCGCCGGAUCCUCUCACAGUCCACAGACUCCCUCAACAUGCGGAACCGAACCCUGUCAGUGGAAUCUCUCAUUGACGAAGGUGCUGAGGUGAUCUACAAUGAGCUGAUGAGUGAUUUUGAGAUGGACGAGAAGGACUUUACAGCUGAUUCCUGGAGCCUUGCUGUGGAUGGCAGCUUCCUGCAGCAGCUUAAAAAGGAGGUGAUGAAGCAGCAGGAUGUCAUCUAUGAGCUAAUCCAGACAGAGCUGCACCAUGUGAGGACACUGAAGAUCAUGACCCGCCUCUUCCGAACGGGGAUGCUGGAAGAGCUACAGCUGGAGCCGGGAGUAGUCCAUGGCCUGUUCCCCUGUGUGGAUGAGCUCAGUGAUAUCCAUACACGCUUCCUCAGCCAGCUCUUAGAACGCCGCCGCCAGGCCCUGUGCCCUGGCAGCACCCGGAACUUUGUCAUCCAUCGUUUGGGUGACCUUCUCAUCAGCCAGUUCUCAGGUCCCAGUGCAGAGCAGAUGCGUAAGACCUACUCGGAAUUCUGCAGCCGCCACACCAAGGCCUUAAAACUUUAUAAGGAGCUGUAUGCCCGAGACAAACGCUUCCAGCAGUUCAUCCGGAAAGUGACACGCUCAGCCGUGCUGAAGCGGCAUGGAGUACAGGAGUGCAUCCUGCUGGUGACUCAGCGCAUCACCAAGUACCCGGUGCUCAUCAGCCGGAUCCUGCAGCAUUCCCACGGGAUUGAGGCAGAGCGCCAGGACCUGACUACAGCACUGGGGCUGGUGAAGGAGUUGCUGUCCAAUGUGGACCAGGAUGUGCAUGAACUGGAGAAAGGGGCCCGCCUGCAAGAGAUCUACAACCGUAUGGACCCUCGAGCCCAAGCCCCGGUGCCUGGCAAGGGCCCCUUUGGCCGAGAGGAACUCCUACGGCGCAAGCUCAUCCAUGAUGGCUGCCUGCUCUGGAAGACAGCAACGGGGCGCUUCAAAGAUGUGCUGAUGCUGCUAAUGACAGAUGUGCUGGUGUUUCUCCAGGAGAAGGACCAGAAGUAUAUCUUUCCUGCCUUGGACAAGCCCUCAGUGGUAUCACUGCAGAAUCUAAUUGUACGGGACAUUGCCAACCAGGAGAAAGGGAUGUUUCUAAUCAGUGCGGCCCCCCCUGAGAUGUAUGAGGUGCACACAGCAUCUCGAGAUGACCGGAGCACCUGGAUCCGCGUCAUUCAGCAGAGCGUGCGCAUAUGCCCAUCCAGGGAGGACUUCCCCCUGAUUGAGACCGAGGAUGAGGCUUACCUGCGGCGAAUCAAGAUGGAGCUGCAACAGAAGGACCGGGCACUGGUGGAACUGCUGCAAGAGAAGGUUGGGCUGUUUGCCGAGAUGACCCAUUUCCAGGCGGAAGAGGAUGGCGGCAGUGGGAUGCCCCUGCCCACCCUACCCAGGAGCCUUUUCCGUUCUGAGUCCCUCGAGUCCCCUCGUGGCGAGCGGCUACUGCAGGAUGCCAUCCGUGAGGUGGAGGGCCUGAAAGACCUGCUGGUGGGGCCUGGAGUGGAGCUGCUUUUGACACCCCGAGAACCAACCCUGCCCUUAGAACCGGACAGCGGUGGUAACAUGAGCCCUGGAGUCACUGCCAAUGGUGAGGCCAGAACCUUCAAUGGCUCCAUCGAGCUCUGCAGAGCUGAUUCAGACUCCAGCCAGAAGGAUCGAAAUGGAAAUCAGCUGAGAUCUCCCCAGGAGGAGGCAUUACAGCGAUUGGUCAAUCUCUAUGGACUUCUACAUGGCCUACAGGCGGCUGUGGCCCAGCAGGACACUUUGAUGGAAGCCCGGUUCCCCGAGGGCCCUGAACGGCGGGAGAAGCUAUCACGAGCCAACUCUCGGGAUGGGGAGGCUAGCAGGACCGGAGCUGCCCCAGUGGCUCCUGAAAAGCAGGCUACAGAACUGGCGUUACUGCAGCGACAACAUGCGCUGCUGCAGGAGGAGCUGCGGCGCUGCCGGCGGCUAGGUGAAGAGCGGGCCACCGAGGCCGGCAGCCUGGAAGUCCGGCUCCGGGAGAGCGAGCAGGCCCGGGCUCUGCUGGAGCGCGAGGCCGAAGAGGCUCGCAGGCAGCUGGCUGCCUUGGGCCAGACUGAGCCGCUCCCAGCUGAGGCCCCCUGGGCCCGCAGGCCUCUGGAUCCUCGGCGGCGUAGCCUCCCUGCAGGCGAUGCCUUGUACCUGAGUUUCACCCCUCCACAGUCCAGCCGAGGCCCUGACCGCCUGGACCUGCCUGUGACUACUCGCUCCAUCCAUCGACCGUUUGAGGACCGAGAGAGGCAGGAGCUAGGUAGCCCCGAGGAGCGGCUGCAAGACAGCAGUGACCCCGACACGGGCAGCGAGGAGGAAGGUAGCAGCCGUCUGUCUCCGCCCCACAGUCCACGAGACUUCACCCGAAUGCAGGACAUCCCAGAGGAAACGGAGAGCCGCGACGGGGAGCCUGUAGCAUCGGAGAGCUAAGGGGUCCCUCCCUCGUGCCCUGUGCCCCACUGAAGAACAUUACUGAGGGGGACAAAUCCUGGGGACUCUAAUCUGCCAGUGAUGAGGGAUCAUUUGAAAGAACUGCUGAUUGUCCUUGCCAGCUCUUGGGAUCCUUGGAUACCUGGGGCCAUUUACAAAGCUGGGGGAAUUAGGCCACAGUACCCCCUGGUGGCAUCCAGAAGCUACACCACAGAUGCCAGUUUUUCAUGCCUUCUUCCCUCUACUUUAGGAAAAUUUAUUUAUUUAUUGUUUAUUAGUUAUGGGGGGAGAGGGGAGAUUUAAAGGACCAGGGACAUGGGAACCAAGCCAUAGGGAUCAGGGGGCCUUGUCCUUUACACUAGUGGGGUAUAUUCAGGUUUAACCAGGCAGCUGCUGGGUUCUAGCCCUAACACCUUUCCCCAGCAACACCCAUCUUUAAGGAGAGGCUGCAGCCACAGGACCCUACUGCCCCUUUAAGGAGGGAUGUGGGGAGGGCCAUGUCGUUCUCCCCUCUCCCCUCAACCUCUUACUGCGUCUUUUCUUCUCUCCAUCCUCCAUGGAAACCCCAGGGAAAUAACCUGGCUUUCUAGAGUUGAUGGAAUAGAGGCUGGGGGUGAGGGAAAAAACACAUAGGGACCAGAGUGUUUUUUGGUGGGUUUUUUUUUUUUUUUUUUUUUUUCUCCCAAAGCCAACUGCACGUGUUUUAUAUUUUUAAGAGAAGAUUGUAGGCAAUUAGAGCAGCCUUCUAUCUCCACAUCUCUGAAGAACUUGAGGGGUGGGAGAGACAGUGAUGUCUCCCUUCAUCUACAGUAAUGAGGGACCUGUUCUGAUCUCUUCCCCAGCUGUUCGGAAAAAAGUUCUAGAGUGGGUUGGGAAAUCUCUAUGGACCCUGAACUCAUCCACCACUUCAGCAACUGUGACCUGAAACCUCAGUGUGAAUUUUGGGGAUUUUUUUUAAUGGACUCCCCAAAGCCCACCAGCCCCAGCCAUUUUUCUGCCAAUUUGAUUGUAAAAAAAAUUAAGCAGGGAAAAUUAAAGACCUGGAACCCCA